GUGGAGGUUUUCGCCCCUCGCUGCCGCGCGUCUCAGCGGCAACUUGUUCAAUGGAAACUUUGAAAAACACGGGAAAUAUGUGCCACUUUGCAAAAAUACUUUAGAGUAAAUGGUGCUGCCGAACUCUCUCGAUGUCUGACAGGGGGGAGGAAAGCGACGGCGUCGGGAGAGCACAUCUGUCGGAGUCUCCCUCGCCGCCUCUCUCUGUCAGUCUUCCCCGAGGAUCUCCUUCCACUUCGCGGCCCUUGGACUUCUUCUCCUCAGCCUCUCCAUUGCUUAGGGAAUCGGACCCGCCUUUUCUCACCUCCUCAGAGUGUCUGCACCCGUCUCCAGGGACCCGGGAACUCGGGGGCUCCCUGCAUUUCACCCCGCCAAAGUUCCGCCAGCGUGCCGUGGACUCCGGGUGUACCUCUCGCUCGCGGCCGGAUGUGCGGAUAGAUGUCGGACAUGAACAGCACGAUGACCCGCUUCCCAUAUGGAAGGGACGCGGCGCGGAGAGCACUGAGCGGCUUCAGCACCGUGGACAGAGGCUCUACAGGGCUCCGGAGCUCUCUGAGUACGGGAACCACUUCUCUGCUGAGCACAUAGAGACCGAGUUCAGCUCAGACAGCCGGCAAUCAGUGGAAGCCAUGCAUCGCCGGCACACCACACUGAGGGAAAAGGGGCGUCGCCAGGCUGUGCGGGGUCCUGCCUACAUGUUUAAUGAGCGCGGCUCUGCUCUCACUGCAGAAGAGGAACGUUUUCUGGAUGCUGCAGAGUAUGGCAACAUUCCUGUGGUGCGCAAAAUGCUAGAAGAGUCCAAAACACUGAACUUUAACUCUGUGGACUAUAUGGGCCAGAAUGCUCUACAACUGGCAGUGGGCAAUGAACACCUGGAAGUGACGGAGCUGCUGCUGAAAAAAGAUGGCCUGGCUCGGAUUGGGGACGGCCUGCUUCUGGCCAUCUCCAAAGGCUAUGUCAGAAUAGUCGAGGCCAUUCUCGGUCACCCCGCUUUUGGUGGAGGUCUCCGUCUGGCUUUGAGCCCUCUGGAGCAAGAGAUGCGAGAUGAUGACUUUUAUGCAUACGACGAGGACGGAACACGUUUUUCCCAUGACAUCACACCCAUCAUUCUGGCAGCUCAUUGCCAGGAGUAUGAGAUUGUUCACAUCCUUUUGACGAAGGGGGCCCGUAUAGAAAGGCCUCACGACUACUUUUGUAAAUGUUCCGAAUGUGUGGAGAAGCAGAAGAAGGACUCAUUCAGUCACUCACGCUCAAGGAUGAAUGCGUACAAGGGCCUGGCCAGUGCAGCCUACCUGUCGCUCAGCAGCGAGGACCCUGUGCUCACAGCCCUUGAGCUCAGCAACGAACUAGCAAGGCUCGCCAACAUUGAAACGGAGUUUAAGAAUGACUAUCGUAAGUUGUCCAUGCAGUGCAAAGACUUUGUGGUGGGUGUACUGGACCUUUGUCGAGACACAGAAGAAGUUGAGGCCAUUUUGAAUGGAGAUGUGGACCAAUGCCCACCAAGUCCCUACAACCGGCCCUGCCUCAGUCGCGUCAAGCUGGCCAUCAAAUAUGAAGUCAAAAAGUUUGUUGCACAUCCCAACUGCCAGCAGCAGCUGCUGACUAUUUGGUACGAGAACCUACCAGGCCUGAGGCAGCAGUCCGUCGGCGUGAAGUGCUGGACAGUCCUGGGGGUAACCGUAGGUCUCCCCUUCCUGGCUAUUGCCUACUGGAUAAUGCCAUGUAGCAAGCUCGGUCAGAUCCUUCGCAGUCCCUUCAUGAAGUUUGUGGCUCACGCCGUCUCCUUCACCCUCUUCCUCGGCCUGCUGGUCGUCAAUGCUUCAGACCGCUUUGAGGGUGUGAAGAACCUGCCCAACGAGACCAUCACAGACCACCCGCGACAGGUUUUCAGGGUCAAAACCACACAGUUCUCGUGGACAGAGAUGUUGAUCAUGAAGUGGGUGUUGGGUAUGAUUUGGUCAGAAUGUAAGGAGAUUUGGAGCGAUGGGCCCAGGGAGUACAUCAUGCACCUGUGGAACGUUCUGGACUUUGGCAUGCUGUCCAUCUUUGUGGCGUCCUUCACAGCACGUCUCAUGGCGUUCCUGAAGGCAUCAAAAGCCCAGCAGUAUGUAGACAUGCAUGUGCCAGAUGAAGACCUCAGCAAUGCCUCACUGCCUGAUGAAGUGGCUUACUUCACUUACGCCAGGAUCAAGUGGCGCCCCUCUGACCCUCAGAUCAUCUCAGAGGGUUUAUACGCCAUUGCCGUGGUGCUGAGCUUCUCGCGCAUCGCCUACAUCUUGCCAGCCAACGAGAGCUUCGGCCCGCUGCAGAUCUCUUUGGGUCGGACGGUCAAAGACAUCUUCAAGUUCAUGGUCAUCUUCAUCAUGGUGUUUGUGGCCUUCAUGAUUGGGAUGUUCAACCUCUACUCAUACUACCUUGGGGCCAAAUACAAUCCAGCUUUCACCACGGUGGAGGAGAGCUUCAAGACUCUGUUCUGGUCUAUCUUUGGGCUGUCUGAAGUGAUCUCUGUGGUGCUGAAAUACGACCAUAAGUUCAUAGAGAACAUCGGCUACGUGCUUUACGGAGUCUAUAACGUCACCAUGGUGGUGGUUCUCCUCAACAUGCUCAUCGCCAUGAUCAACAGCUCGUACCAGGAGAUAGAGGAGGAUGCAGACAUGGAGUGGAAGUUUGCCCGCGCCAAGCUGUGGCUGUCCUACUUUGACGAGGGUCGGACCCUGCCUGCCCCGUUUAAUUUGGUUCCCAGCCCCAAAUCCUUCUACUACCUGUUCCUUCGCAUCAAGUCGUGCCUGAUACACCUGUGCAAGGCCAAUGGCCGCCGCCGCAACAAUGAGGUGGAGAUGGGCAUGCUCCACUCACAGGCCAAGGAUGAACGGUUUAGGUCGAACGCACGAUCAGGAGAGGAGUUCAUCCAGAGAAAAGCUCGAAAACACCCGACCAGAUACCAGAAUAUCAUGAAGCGGCUCAUUAAACGUUAUGUGCUGAAAGCUCAAGUGGACAAAGAAAGCGAUGAAGUGAAUGAGGGCGAGCUGAAGGAGAUCAAGCAAGACAUUUCCAGCCUCCGCUAUGAGCUGCUGGAGGAGAAGUCCCAGGCCGCUGGGGAGCUGGCUCUGCUCAUCCAGCAACUCGGCGACAAGUUUGGCAAAAACACCAUGAGACACUGACAGGCCUUGCACGACAGGGAGGGAGGAAGGCGGAGAAGGUCGGCGUAGAAAGCAGAUUCAGGCCAGGUAGUUCACGACCUCAGUGGGAAGACGAGAGACAAUGGAGAGGCAGGAUGUUUAUGCGAAUGGACAAGAUGAACGGAGAGUAGUUAGCAGCUUAAAAUGUGGAAACUGUGCCGAGUUAAAAUGAGCUAGCUUUAGAUAAAACCCAAGUGCUUUGGACACAAAAUGACCAAUUAGAGAAGACCAGUAGAAGGCUAUUGUAACUGCGACUGACAGUGAGGUUAGGAAAAUAAACUCACACAUGGAAGGACUUUCUGCUGACGGCUCAAUUCUAAUUAAUGGGAAAGAUAGAGACAAGUAAGAAGGAGAAGACAAGUGUGAGGAGAUACGAAGAGACACCAUGGGGAUCAACAGCGAUGCAGUGCAGCAACGAGGGCCCCACACCCACUGCCAGAAGAUAUCAGUGUAUCAGCUUAUCACCAAUUUAGAGGAGAGAGGGGGAAACCCAGUGAAGGGAAGACACUGGAACAGCAAGAGGAUGAGGAGAAACUGCUAGUGCUACUCACAGCAGAGAUGCCUGCUACAUACCACAUUUGUAAUUGGUCAGAUGAAGUGCUGAUGCUGGUUGAGAUAAUGCACACACCUUUAUACACAAGGCUGUCUAAUUAACGCAGUUCUAAUUCACAAUGCACAACCUAUGAUACAAAUCCAAGGCAGGAAAAUGUAUUCAUUGCACUGAUGUUCAACUCUUUACAGAAAUGGUUUGAAGGGUAAGAUGAUGUGUUUGUGUCUCAGAAAUGAAUGGAACGUCCUCAACACAACCAGUUAAUUAAUGGAUAAAUGCACUAAGUCAGCAUGAAAAGACAGUAUGGUUAUUUCAACUCAGCUGCAGACAUUUUGCAAAUAUAAACGGAGACAAAAAGAAAAUGUGUAUCGCUUAUACAUCCUGGAAAAUAGGAAUUGAACAUCAACAUUUUUGACACUAGAUGUUUUUCUACUUUUAGCCUGAAGUUUACUUUGUUCAUAGCAACCAAAGUAAUCCACAUAUUAAAAAGAAAACAAACUGUCUUCAGAUCUCUUCAGAGCUUUAGAACAGCUAAUAUCAAUUAGCACUGACAGGCGAUAUGAUUGAUUACUUUCUAAACACAAACACUUUCUUUGCUUGUUGAUUCAGUUUUCUUUCCUUUCUAAAUUGGUUUGGUUUCAAACUAUGUAGAGAUUGCUUGGGUUGUUACCAACAUCUGAUAUUAAUUUAAUAUAAGCAAACCACUUGAAAAUAUAGUUACUGAGAAAAAUGUUAACGUGUUCAAUACUUACUUUUCUCUGCUAUGUGAAAUUCACAUGACCCAUUUUCCAAAAUGUCAAAACACGCUGACAGAGUUGUGUUUGCCGCUGUAAAAUCCAGGAGUCGAUUUUUUUUUUUGUUGUUGUUUUUUAAGGUGAAGCAGUGCAUUUGGGAGAUGAGAAAACCUUGCAAUGUGGGAAUUUAUUUUCACAUGCAUUGAUUUGGCUAUAAAGGUGAGAUUCUUUUACAGAAGCUGCAUGGAGUCAUUUUCUGGUCUAUUUUUUUCCUGUCCCCUGAGACUCUGCUGCACAGCGUUGAGACAUGAGCAGCAACGGUCUGUAGGCAACAACUGAAUUUUAGCUUUUUUGAUUCCAAGUAGUUGUUUAGUUUUGCAGAGUAAUAACUUAGACUUUACCAUAAUAAAUAUUGACAUGUUGUGCCUAGGCAGCUUGAAGAAAUUAUCAUAUUUUCUGAUUUAUGGUCUGUUCUCAAUUUAAAAAAAAAAAGUCAUUGACUAUAUUAUACUAAUUGCUAACAGUAUACAUUUUUGUAUUGAUAAACCUUUGUGUAGAGGGAACGAUUUGACGAUUUGGCAACUAAAAUCUGCACUGUUAUCGCACGAGGCGUUCAUGCAAAGAAAAACAAUAUUUGUCAUAUUUGCAUCUGAUGCGCUCAGAUUGUCAUUAAAUGAAAAACCCUAACAGACUUGCACCACUUUUCUAAUAAUCUGAGGGUGACUGAACAUGGAAACGUCAUGAAUGAGCUCCCUGCUGCUUCGGGUAAAUCAAAAUGAGACAUUAAUCUCUGAGGGUCAGAUGUAAUAAUAUUCAUCUAACACAAGUUUCAACCUUUUUCCAAUCAUACUUCUUUACCCUUCUUGCAGCGUUUCCUACAGUUUAUGACAAUGGAAAACAUCUUUCUUGAUUUCACAUACUUUCAUCAAAUCGUUCAUGAGAAGCAAAUCAGACUUUUUUUUUUUUUCAAUAGACUGAGCAAAUAAAAGUAAAUAAUUUCAGCUGCUUACAUCUACAUGAGUGCACAUCCUAAUAAUUGUGCAAUUGUUAUUUUUUUUAUGCCCGCAUAUUUAUGUUUAAUCAUGUAAGAAAGUAACUUAGAUUAUUCCUGGUGAACACCUAACAUUACCCUUUGCAAUAAUUACCCGAGUACAAUUACCUGUUUUACUUAUGAAAUAAAAUAUCAAAAAUAUGUUUUCUAGCUUAGGAAAAUGUUAUUACUAACUUUAGUUUUGCUGACGUGUUUUCUUAGAGAGCAAAGCUUUCUUCCUCGCACAUAUCCCAUCAAAGUUUCUUUCUGAUUUUAGAGGCAUACAGUUUCAUAUAAACAGCAGCAAAGUCUUGCUGCAGGUCCCAGGCUGACAUUUUAGGGUUUUUGAAGAUUUACCAUCUGCUGUCAGGAUGAACAUGCUUAGAUAACCAGACCGUAGUAUGUUGGAUAUUACUUUGAAUCUCCUUCACUUAUACCCUUUGCUCUUCAACAAUCUGGAGAAAACAAAAAACUUGGUUCAAGAUGGCCGGACCUUAAAAUGUUUUAAACAUUUCCGCCUGAUUUGUUACAGCGUAUCACUAUAUUAAAUAUCUGUUUGUCCAAAUAUGAUCGGAAAACACACAGUCCGUUAGGUAUCCUGUGUUUUUAUUUUAUUUUAUAACUUUAUCUCCAAAUGAAGACAUUGCAACAUUUACAAUAAGUCACUUCUGCAAAGUGAGGAAGCCGUUAUUGUUCCCUGUGUCAGCUGCUUAAAGAGUCUGACUGCAUUAUGGAAAGAAUCUCUACAGAAAUAAACUUUUUCUGUUUAUGUCUCACUCCUCAGUCCAGUCUCCGUCGUCUCCUCUCUUUCAGCGCCUGCGUUAUUUAUGCCGUGACGCAGGUUGUGUGCUGUUUACAAAAAGCAGAAGUCUCCCUGAUUUUCACCUUCAUCUUCUGCCUGAUUUGCAUUUUCAGGCGCCCCAAAAUCCAAAGUAGUCUAACAGAGCGGUGGAAACUGAGGUUCAGCACUUUCUUAACAUCAUUUUGAACCUGGGCGCCAUUAUUCCAAUCUUUUCAGUGCAGCUCAGUCAUAGCUCACUUUUUUUGUGCACUCUGCUGCAACUUUUUAAGAGUUCGGAUGAAACGCUUCCCAUGCUGUUUCAUGCCGUUUUAGUAACAACCUGAGCAGUGAAGAGUCUUAAAUUCUAACAACUUACAUCUGCAGUGAGUUGUUUUUAAUUGGGAAAAUGUAAAUGUUUUCUAUUCUGAUUAACACUGACUGUGUAUGAACGAGCUCCAGGGGCUUUUCUUCCUCCUCUGCAGAGUUUAAACCUUUAGUCCCAUGAGCAGAACCAGAGGGUUGCUUUUGCCAAUAUCUGAGAUUUUUUUUUAUUUUUUAUCUGAUCUAUCUGAUAGUUAUUGCAACAUUUAUUUUCAACCUGCAGUAAAUUCAUUUUUCACAUACACAAAUGUCCUUUAUUUUAGACAAGAAAGUAAAACUCAAAAGUCUCUUCGUGUAGUGAUGUUAUGUGUGAGAGCUGCUGAUUGCUCUUAUUGUUUGUCUGUUUUUUUUUUUUUUUUUUUGCUGGAUUUAUGAAAUCAGACAAACUAUAAGAUUUGGCCAAGAGAAAGUUUUAUCAUUCCUAUACAAAUAAAGUAUCUGAAAUACUGUAUUUUUGACUUGUACCCGAGACAUACUGACCAAAAUCUGGUUCUUUAUAUUGUCAUAUUUUUGAUCCUUGAAAUAAAUAUGCUCUAAACUGG